AUGUCGUUUACAGACACUUCCCUCUACGGCGGCGCCAUCACAGUCGAUCUGCCUUCCAACUUUGCCGACACCAGCCAGAUUCGGGAAGUACCAGACCACCAGGAAGUCUACUUAGAUACCAACGGUUAUUCGUCCAUUGUGGUCGAGAUCCUGGAGUAUCAAGAGAAAGGCAGCGAUGAAGAAGCGCUGCAGUACCAUUUCGCCGAUCUCAUCGAUGAGGAGGACAGCACCAACAUUCUCGAGCAGGGACGCGCGGUGAUGGCGAAGCUGAGCGACAAACCAAUCUACACACUCCGCUUCAUUCAAACACCACCACCCAACACAAAUCCCAGUCGCAAGGUGCCCGAGUUUGUGUACAUCCACCUCCUGCUGCUGCGUCUGAAAGAGCAAGGCACAGACCUCAUGAUCUCAGUCAACAUCCCGCACUACCCUGGCGAAUACGAAAAGCCAAAGGAGGGCGAGGGUGAAGUCACGCAGUUGAUGAAAGAUAGCGAGAGAAUUAAGAGCAGGAUACUGGAGAGCUUUGAGGUCAAAGAGUGGGGUCUGUUCGAGGGCUGA